CGUUCAUUCGUGUCGCCAUGGGUGUGCCGAAGUUCAUAUACGACGCUAAACGGAGCGUACACACCCCGUGCCCGUAAACGUAGAAUCGCGACGCGCUCCGCGCCACCACCCCCCCUUCCCGCAUCGCGGUCCAUCCACCCUCGCAGCCCCCUCCCGGCGGUGCUCAUUACUCCUAGCUCUUCGUAUCCGCUCGGAUUGAACGAGGCGGCGCGAUUACUCGAUCUACCGUUGCCUCCGGAGCACUCUCCACCAGUCUCGUCUCGAAUCAAACUGUACGUCGUUCCAGCGACACUGGACAGACACCUGGUACUCCUCCGACGCGUUCCCCGGUGUCAACGACCUGUCGAGGUGACACGAAGCGUCGAUGAACCAGGACACGCUGCUAAUCGAUCUCGAUCCGACGGUGUUCGAGCGAUAAAGUCGAGGUGAAUCGCCGAGUGCCGAGAUAGAAAACGAAACAGGCCAGUGGAGUAAGCUUGCGUGAGCUUCAGAGAGAAAAAUCCGGUGAUCGCUCGGGGGUUGACUCAGCGAAGGAAGAACGAAGGAGAGAGGUCGAGGAUGCUCGAAACAUACACCUACGUCGUUCGCACGCGUCAGAGUGACGCGUGCUGAUCAGACUCGAAGGUGGUGGCUGGUGUUCGAUGAGUGCGGGUGAUGACAGAUGUGUCGGUCGUCGCCGCGGAGUGUGGUCCAUCGUCGUUUCUACUAAUGCGACGUACUCGCGACGCCGUUCACGUUGAUGCGAUAUUAUAAAUAAAGUGCGAGAGGAAACAAGCAGAAGAAGAAGAAGGAGAAAGAAACGUGGCGCAGUAUCGGAACGCAAUGAUGAGCAGCGCCGCGAAGUUCUACAAGCUGCUGGCGGUCCUCCUCUGCUGUAAAGCAUGCAGCUACGGCUUGAUGCUAGAGGAGGAUAAGGAACCGAAUUAUCUUACCGCGGGGGUGGGAGAGUACGUGGUGUUUAAUUGCGAUCUUGACUUUCCGCACGAGACGCCGAUUCCGUACAUCCUCCAAUGGAACCGCGACAGCCGCACGGUGUUCUCGUGGUACGAUGGGCGCGUGUCGCUGGAGGACGACUACAAAGGUCGCAUACACUUGUUGGACGACAUCAGCCAUCGCGGAUAUGGCCAGGGUAGCAUAAAUCUCACGAAUAUUCGCGAGAGCGAUCAAGGCUGGUACGAAUGUAGGGUGAUAUUCCCUAAUAGAACGCCAAACUCCAGAAACAAUGGCACGUGGUUCCAUCUCGCCAUUGAUGGUGCGUCGCCGUUUCCGACGACUGUUGCAGGUGAUAAUCUACUAGCGAUCCCACCUGUCAACAAAACUGCCAUGGAGGGCGAAGCCGUCGACUUUGACUGCGUAGCUAAGGGUGAGCAUACGGUAGUGACUUGGCUUCGCGAGAGAACACCCAUCUCGGAAAUACAGGAUCUCAAAAGACGAGCGUCUAUCGGUAGCGAUGGGACGUUAACCAUAAAUUCAGCUGCCAUGGGUGACCUUGGAGAAUAUACCUGCGUGGUAACAGGAGAGACCGGGGACCAGCAGAGCGCCUCGGCCUUUUUAAAUGUUCAAUAUAAGGCGAAAGUGAUCUACGCGCCGCGGGAGGUCUACCUACCGUACGGCAAGCCGGCCCUCCUGGACUGCCACUUCAGGGCGAACCCGCCGCUGACGAACCUACGUUGGGAGAAGGACGGAUUUCUUUUCGAUCCUUACAACGUGCAGGGGGUCUUCUACAGGAGAAAUGGGUCUCUCUAUUUUAGCAAAGUGGACGAGACGCAUUCGGGAAGCUACAGCUGCACCCCCUAUAACGAACUAGGCACCGAAGGGCCCAGCCCUUCGAUCACCGUAAUAGUUCAAAGACCGCCGGUGUUCACGAUAACGCCGCAGCAUUUGUACAUGCGAAAGCUGGGCGAGAGCUUGGAGAUCCCGUGCGACGCCAGAGAUGGCGACGACGCACAUCGGCCGACCAUCGUGUGGUACAAAGACGGAACGCCCCUAUCGCCCGAGAGAACCAUCAUGAUCGGUGGCAAUCUUACGAUAGAGAGGAUCCAGGAACACGAUCGAGGCUUGUACCAAUGCGCGGCCAGCAACGAAGCGGCGACGGUUGUCGCGGACGCGGAACUGAUGGUGUUGAAUGUCCCGCCGAGGGCACCGUACAAUCUGAGCGCCAACAGCAGCAAGAACGCCGUCACUUUGACCUGGAUACCAGGAUAUGUGCGACCUAAGAUGGAGUAUUCAGUAUGGUACAGACCCACGGACACGUCUGAGUGGAGGACCAUGAAGAUCCUCUCCAGAAAAAUCACGGAGGCAACGGUGAAUAAUCUCAACUCAGGGCGAGAGUACGAAUUCAUGGUUUUGAGCCAAGACAAGCACGGCGACGGGAUGUUCAGCAAAGCGCUUCGGAUAUUUACCCAGCCGAGUUCCAUUGACGAGAACUCGGCGUCGGAAUAUCGCAGUCAACAUGAAACUGAAAUCGUGGGACCACCGCUCAACGUGAGAGUGCAAGCAACCGUUGAGGGUUAUUUGGUAACUUGGGAGCCGCCCGAGUACGGCAAGGGUCAAGUCAGACUCUACACAGUGAGAUGGUUUAGAGGACCCUCGGAACAUUUAUACGGAAGAGCGGAAACGACGGACACUUAUUAUUUAGUGAAAACUCUGGAAGAGGAGAGCUACUACACUUUCGAGGUGGCCGCGAUGUCUCUUAUUGACGAUGUUGCAACAAGCGACCGGGUUGGUUUGGAAGUUCCCGCUUAUCGUCGCAAUCGUGCAAUCUCCAUGGGAAUCGUGGCCGGUAUAGGUUUUCUAGCGGCAGCAUUGGCCGCAGUGUGGUGGGCGAGGAAGCGAUUUUGCCAGCCGACUAACGAGAAGUAAUCAAGAGAACGCAUCCGAAAUAUGUGCAUGUACUCAAGCAGAGAUAGAGGAUAGCUAAUCGCGCGAGCUCAUAAUUGAUUAUAAAUAUUCAUGUCGCUCGUACGAUUAGCAGCACGGAUCAUUUUAGUAUGGAAGUUAGCAUUACACUUGUAAAAAGCAAGAAAAGAGAAACGAUCAAAUGGUAUAUGUUUAUGACCUUUGAAGAAGUUGUGAAGGUUAACGAGAUGAAUCAUUUCGAAACUUUCUUCACGUAAACAAAAACAAGAAAAUAAAAACAAAGGAAAUAUUUAUCCGAUACAUUGCAAAUCCAAGUAGUAAGUAUAUAUUUAUGUGUGUAAAAGCACUCAUUUAUGUGUGUAAUUUUGUUUAAAAUGAUUGAUUGAAAUGUGUAAGAGGUACACAUUUAAAAAAUCUUUACAUAUUUACGUUUUCUUACACGUAAAGUUAACGUGAAAUUAAGAAGAAAUAUAUAUUAGGUUCUAAAAAAAAGUCUUCAUUGUUUCUUGUUCAAAAAUUCGAUAAAAACGCGAGAUAUUUCUUGCUCCCAACUUAUAACUUCUUUCUAUUGUUUUUUGUAAUUAGAACAUUAAGGGUCGGUUUUUCAAUGAUAGUUUAAACUUAAAUUUCAACUUAAACUCUGCUUAAACAAAACAAACACAUUGUUUGAAUAGAGUUUAAAUUUGAAUCCAAAUUUAAACUACUAUUAAAAAACCAGCCCUAAGAAUAUCAGCGAAUUUUCUGGGUAAUAAUAACAUAAAUAAGAUAAAGAUUAAUAUUUGCUUUUGGAGCCAAACUUAUCUAUUAUUUAUUUACAUUUACAAACUUAUCUAUUAUUUAUUUACAUUUAGCUAAAGCUAAUUUUUAUUUCACCAAAUAUUAAAAAUAAAAAAAUUCAAAAUCUUUCAUAAUAUAGUCGUUCUCCUUAGUAUAAUCAUUCUCGUAAUAUGCAUUUAUCCUCUGAAGAAGAAUUCUUUUUGAUGUUAUGACAUAUUUUAUGUCUUAAAAAAUAUAUAUGUGUAUAUAUAUAUAUAUAUAUCAGUACAUAAUUUUAUAAGAAAUUAUCUUUUCCAGUAAUUAUAAAUCACUUUCAGUUAUCUUUAACCUAUUUCCAGUGUACCAAUAUCACAUAUUUUAAAUAUGUAACUUGAUAUACACAUGUAGAAAAAAUAAAAAAAUUUAAAAUUAAAAAUAUACAUUUAAAUGUGUAAAUUUGCACAGAUAAAAGAUGUAGAUAAAAUUACACGUAUAUAAAUGCGUAAAAAGUGACUAUACAUACAUAAAUGUAUAAAAAUUACACACUUGGAUUUGUAGUUAUACAAAGUAACAUCAGAGAAAUAACUACGCAAACAUAUAAGGCGGCGGUGAAGCGCAGGAUUAAUGUAUUAGGGAUCAUGAGAUCUUGAGUCGCCCUCCUCUCUCCUAUAAGCGAUCUUAUUUACCAAACUUUGUAAUCUAAGUUACUACUGAGUGUUCGUGCAUAUCGCGCUAAUUAUAUCAUACUUUAUGUGUCGUUUAACGGCUUUAUUAGGUAAUUGCACCUUAUAAAUGGCAAGAUUUCAUAUGCGAAUUAAAGGUCGUCGACCGUCGAACAUGUCGAACGUAUCGAGAGGAACCGUGCAUGUGUUUACACAUUACACACGUUUCUCGUCUUUUUUUCUAUUGUAAAUGUUUUCUUUUCUAUUAUAAGUUACAUGUACACAUUGUCGCUCUGCACAAGCAUUUCUUAUUCUUUAUUAGUACUUGUAUACAUAACUUUAUUGAACACGACGCAUUGUCAUAUAUAUACAUACUUGUACAUCGUAAUAAUUUCAAUUAAUAAUAAAAAGAAGUGAAAAUAGGUACACACAA